UCUUAUCUUUGCUUCAUUCAAGUCCUCUCUUCUUCUUCUUCUACUUCAACAAAAAUAUUGAAACAAAGUUCAACAUUUUAUUAAUACAUAUGAAUUUUCAUUAAUGUUUCCUCAUGUGAAUUAUAUGAAUAUUUAAGUUUUUUUAAAAAAAAUAUAUAUAUAUAUUUUCAUUGAAGUGUUAAGAAGAAGAAAAAAAAAUGGCUCCCAAAACAGGAAAAGCUAAGCCACACAAAGCAAAGGGAGAGAAGAAGAAAAAAGAAGAGAAAGUUCUGCCAAACGUUAUAGAGAUAGCAGUGGAAACACCUGAAGACUCACAAGUGAUGCUUAAGGGUAUAUCAACGGACAAGAUUUUAGAUGUGAGAAAGCUCUUAGCCGUCAAUGUGGAGACAUGUCACGUGACCAAUUACUCCUUGUCACAUGAGGUGAGAGGAAUGAGGCUAAAAGAUACAGUGGAGAUUGUGUUGCUGAAACCGUGCCACCUCAGCUUAAUCGAAGAGGAUUAUACAGAAGAGCAAGCAGUGGCUCAUAUUAGAAGACUUCUCGACAUAGUUGCAUGCACCACUUCUUUCGCCGGUUCAUCUUCUUCACCCAAAACCACCGGUCGAACCGGUACUGAACCCGGUCCAGAAAAUGCACUGGCCGAACCAAAAUCAGGCAAGCCUAAAACUCAGGAACCGAAAAAGGUCGGCGCUAAGCCGUCGAAGCCGGAUGCCGCCGCCGGAUGCGACUGCGCCGAUGCCGGCGACGCGGCGGAGAAAGGUGAUCCCGCGAUGAUGUGUCCCCCGCCGCGGUUGGGACAGUUCUACGACUUCUUCUCGUUCGCUCAUCUCACUCCUCCGAUCCAAUAUAUUAGGAGAUCAAGUCGACCAUUCCUUGAGGAUAAAACAGAAGAUGAUUUUUUCCAAAUAGAUGUCCGAAUUUGCAGUGGCAAGCCAACAACAAUUGUUGCUUCUAGGACAGGUUUCUAUCCUGCUGGAAAACGCGCUCUUUCGAGUCACUCUUUGGUUGGAUUGUUGCAACAAUUAAGUCGAGUUUUUGAUGCUGCAUACAAGGCUCUCAUGAAAGGAUUCACUGAGCAUAAUAAGUUUGGGAAUCUUCCUUAUGGUUUUCGAGCGAACACAUGGGUUGUCCCUCCUUUUGUUGCUGAAAAUCCAGCUACUUUCCCUCCACUUCCCAUGGAAGAUGAGAAUUGGGGAGGAAAUGGAGGUGGACAGGGAAGAGAUGGUAAGCAUGAUCAUAGGCCGUGGGCGAAGGAAUUUGCGAUUCUGGCAGCAAUGCCUUGUAAAACAGCGGAAGAAAGGCAAAUUAGAGAUAGGAAAGCGUUUCUACUGCACAGUCUAUUCGUUGAUGUAUCAGUUCUCAAAGCAGUUGCUUCCAUAAAGCAACUAGUGGACAAUAGCUCUAGUUCUACAAUUUCAUACGAGGAAAAAAUUGGAGAUCUUCUUAUCAGUGUGACAAAAGAUAUGUCAGAUGCGAGCAAGAAAUUGGACAACAAAAACGAUGGCAUUCAGGUGCUAGGCAUGUCGCCAGAGGAUCUUGCAAAGAGAAACUUACUUAAAGGCAUAACUGCAGAUGAGAGCGCAACUGUUCAUGAUACUUCUACCUUGGGUGUAGUGGUGGUUAGACACUGUGGCUACACAGCUAUCGUAAAAGUUGUAGCUGAGGUGAACUGGGGAACAAAUCCCAUUCCUCAGGAUAUUGAAAUAGAUGACCAGGCAGAGGGAGGUGCAAACGCAUUAAAUGUUAAUAGCUUGAGAAUGCUGUUGCACAAGUCAUCAACGCCUCAGCCAUCUAGCCAAGUACAUAAAUUACAAGGUGCAGAUGUCGAAGACGUUCAGGCUGCUAAGUCUUUAGUAAGACAGGUUCUCGGUGAAAGCUUGCAGAAGUUACAGGAAGAAGGUAGUAAACAAGUGAAAUCUAUUAGAUGGGAACUGGGUGCAUGUUGGGUGCAACAUUUGCAAAAUCAAGCCUCCGGGAAAGUUGAGUCUAAGCAAACUGAUGAAGCUAAAGUAGAGCCAGCGGUAAAGGGUCUUGGGAAGCAUGGUGGUCUGCUGAAGGAAAUUAAGAAGAAAUCAGAUGACAAGAGCAGCAAAGCCAGUUCAGGGAACGAAGUUUCUUCAAGUGACGCGAACAAGAAAGAGCUAGAGAAACUAGACGAGGAAAUGGAAGUUCUUUGGAAAAAGGUGCUACCUGAAGCAGCAUAUUUGCGCCUAAAGGAGUCAGAAACUGGUCUUCACCUUAAGUCACCCGAUGAGUUGAUCAGUAUGGCACAUAAAUACUACGCUGAUACUGCCCUUCCAAAACUGGUUGCUGAUUUUGGGUCACUGGAGCUUUCACCUGUUGAUGGAAGGACACUGACAGAUUUCAUGCACACCAGGGGUUUGCAAAUGUUCUCCUUGGGACGCGUGGUGGAACUUGCAGACAAACUUCCUCACGUUCAAUCUCUUUGUAUUCACGAGAUGGUUGUCAGAGCUUACAAACACAUACUGCAGGCUGUUGUGGCAGCAGUUGAUAAUAUUGCUAAUGUGGCUGCAUCAAUUGCUUCUUGUUUAAACGUAUUGCUCGGGAAUCCCUCUGCAGAAAAUGAUGAUUCAGAUGAUGAUUUGAAAUGGAAGUGGAUAGAAAAUUUUCUUUCGAAGAGGUUUGGGUGGCAGUGGAAGGAUGAAAGUAGGGAGGAUCUUAGAAAAUUUGCCAUUCUUCGAGGUCUUUGUCAUAAGGUAGGACUUGAGCUUGUCCCCAAAGACUAUGACAUGGACUCUCCAUUUCCUUUCAAGAAGUCGGAUAUCAUAAGCAUGGUCCCUGUGUACAAGCAUGUUGCAUGCUCAUCAGCGGAUGGGCGUACAUUGCUGGAAUCAUCCAAAACUUCUCUGGAUAAAGGCAAACUGGAGGAUGCUGUAACUUUUGGAACUAAGGCACUCUCAAAACUCGUUUCUGUAUGUGGUCCUUACCAUCGAAUGACAGCGGGUGCAUACAGUCUCUUAGCUGUGGUACUCUACCAUACUGGAGAUUUUAAUCAGGCUACUAUUUAUCAACAAAAAGCUUUGGAUAUUAAUGAAAGAGAGCUUGGACUUGACCACCCAGAUACAAUGAAGAGUUAUGGAGAUUUAGCAGUUUUCUACUACCGACUUCAACACACCGAGUUGGCAUUAAAGUAUGUCAAUCGUGCCCUCUAUCUUUUGCAUCUUACUUGUGGACCUUCUCAUCCAAAUACUGCUGCAACAUAUAUAAAUGUUGCAAUGAUGGAGGAAGGUCUCGGAAAUGUCCACGUUGCACUUAGGUACCUUCACGAGGCUCUUAAGUGUAACCAGAGACUUCUUGGAGCUGACCAUAUUCAAACUGCUGCCAGCUACCAUGCUAUUGCAAUUGCUCUUUCUUUAAUGGAAGCAUAUUCCUUGAGCGUUCAGCAUGAGCAAACUACACUUCAGAUACUGCAAGCUAAACUUGGACCCGAUGAUUUACGUACUCAGAAUUUUCUGCAGGAUGCUGCGGCAUGGCUUGAGUAUUUUGAGUCUAAAGCACUUGAGCAGCAAGAAGCUGCACGGAAUGGUACCCCGAAGCCUGAUGCCUCUAUCUCUAGCAAAGGCCAUCUAAGUGUCUCGGAUUUAUUGGAUUACAUAGCUCCAGAUGCUGAGAUGAAGGCUAGAGAAGCGCAAAAGAAGCAAGCUCGUGCAAAGGUUAAAGGCAAAGCAGGGCAAAAUGGGGGAAUAGCUACCGAUGAAUUUGAGAAGGAUGAACUUCUUUCUCCAACUAGUCCUGUUGUGGAGAACUCCAGUGAUAAAGAGAACAAGUCGGAAUUAGACAACAAAUCAGAAUUGAAGAUUGCAGAACCCACACCUAAGGAAUCUGAUCACAUUUUGAUAGAACAGACAUUACUGGAGAAAAAUGAUGACGUGAUACUAGAGGAUACCUCUGAGGAAGGAUGGCAAGAGGCUUUACCAAAAGGCCGUUCAACAAUGAGCCGUAAGAUUUCUAGUUCUAGGAGACCUAACCUUGCAAAACUUAACACUAACUUCACGAAUGCUUCCCAUUUACCUAGAGCUCGAGGUAAAACCACUAAUUUUCCAUCUCCAAGAUUGACUACAAAUGAAUCUACGGCAUCAUCUGGGCUAUCUCCUGCUUCAAAGAAGUUUGUGAAGAGUGCUAGUUUCAGCCCUAAGUUAAACACUGCUGCUUCACCAACUGGUGGUACUGAGAGAUCUUCUAAGCCAAAAUCAGCACCUAUCACCCCUGCUCAAACAGAACAAGUUGUCAAAACUAAUUCAAUUGUCAGCUCAAUCAGCGUUCAGGCAGCUGGAAAACUAUUUUCUUACAAAGAAGUUGCUUUAGCUCCACCUGGUACCAUUGUGAAAGCAGUGGCAGAGCAAUUGCCAAAGGAUAGUAGUUCAGAACAAACCAAGGAGACUGUGGCAACUGAUUCAACUCUGCCGACAACAGCGAAAACCAAUGAUGGAGAAAAGGCUCAGAAAGUCAAUGGAGAGAAGCAACAUGAUGAUUCUGGUGACACUCAACAGAGUAAAGAGAAAGCACCUGUAUCAGCCGAAUUUUCUGACGGGACAAAAGCUGAUGCUUCUGGGGAGAAGGACGGAGUUGUCACAGCUUCAGAAGUAAAGCCUGCUGCUAAAAACAAAGGAGACUCUACAAAUAGCUCCAUUCCAGGGAUCCAAAAUAAUCGUUCUUCCAGUGAUUCAAAUGCUACUUCCAAAGUCAAUAUGCUGGAAAGCAAAGCUGAUAAAAUCCCAGACAACUCUUCUGAUCUUGAACCUGCUAAUGAUUUAGUGACAGAGAAGGAUUCUUGUCUUACAAAUGAAGGAGCUGCAGUGAAAGAGAAGAAUGAUGAUGAACCCAGUGAUCCAGGAAGUGUCACAUUGCCAACUGGAGUAGAUAAAGAUAUUACCAGCAAUGCUAGUACCGUGCUUACUGAAUCAGACCAGCAAGGUGAUUCUGAGGCUGGAAAAGAAGCAACCAAAAAACUUUCGGCAGCUGCACCACCAUUUAAUCCAUCGCCUAUUCCAGUUUUUGGCACUAUCCCAGCACCAGGUUUCAAGGAGCAUGGAGGAAUAUUGCCCCCUCCUGUAAAUAUCCCUCCUCUGCUUCCUCUGAGUCCUGUUCGUAGAUCACCGCAUCAGUCAGCAACAGCGCGAGUUCCGUAUGGUCCACGCUUGUCAGGUGGCUAUGGUAGGUCUGGAAAUCGAGUUCCACGAAACAAGCCUGCUUUUCUCAAUGGUGAACCUAAUGGGGAUGCCAGCCAUUUCGCUAUUCCUAGAAUCAUGAACCCACAUGCAGCUGAAUUUGUCCCUGGCCAACCAUGGGUUCCAAAUGGCUUUCCAGUUGCUCCAAAUGGUUACAUGGCUUCACCAAAUGGAUAUGCAAUAUCACCAAAUAGCAUACCAGUAUCACCGGAUGGUUCUCCAGCAUCCUUGAACAGUACAUCAGUGACUGACGACGGACUUCCAGUAUCUCCAGUUGAGGCAGGAGAAUCCCCUUCAGCUGUAACUGUGGAAGAAGCUGCUGAAAAUCACGAUACAGCGGUGGCCGAUGGAACUGAAGUGGAAACCUCCAGUAGUUUGGUAACUGACCAGACAGAAAGUCAGCAGAUCAUGCAGGAUCAGGAAGAAGAUGUGGAAAAACAACAUGACAUUCCUAAAGUUGAUGAGAAAUCACAAUGUGAAAAUGGAGAAAUGUCUGAAGAUACACCUGCACAAUCUGAUGAGAUUACUACGUCAAAAGAAACAUGUAGUACUGUCGUUCUUGAGGAGAAAGGAACCAAGCGUUGGGGAGAUUAUAGUGACAGUGAAAAUGAGGUUGUUGAGCUGACUGGGUAUCCCUCAAGGACAGCAGCUGAAUCGCAGAGCUGUUUUCCUGCUCAGAUGUCCGGUGAAGAUCAAAACCAAGUAAUGUACUGACUUCCUGGUACAGUUUGACUUGGUUGAAGCAAACUCGUUGGAAUUUUUGUUAGCACGACCACAGGUUGCUGCACAGAGAAAAUAUACUUAUAUCGACUCCUAAAGGAACUGAGUCCAUCCAUGUAUUUGUUAAAUUUCACUUUUCUCUUCAAUUUUGUGGGCUCGAACAGAAGAUGCAAAAGAUUGCAACUCUGUCGAGUUUGUCAGGGGAUACGUUUGAGAUGAACAACAGUGCAUGAGAAGCGAAUCAUCUUCUGAAAUCGAGGUCAAGUGAUUGUUUUCUCGUCGCAUACUUUUGCAAUAACCAGGUUUGGAUGCUGAUUACUGUCAAAUCUAAUAAGUGAUGCUUCAUAGUUUAGUGUAGAACUUUUUGUAUAGAGUAAAGACAACUUCAUGGAUUUUGUAAUUUAAUCUUACCAUUUUGUUUUGAGUGCAACUCUAUGGUUUCUUGAAAUCUAGUAAUCUACUCUUCUAA